CGCGCCUGAUCUCUCUCUCCUUCACUCUCUUCAAGGCCAGCGCACGUCAGAAGUCCCACCUCUAUCCGACCUAUUGAUCCGCGAGAGGUUAAAGACCUAGCGCCCCCUAGUCAUACAGCUCGCAGCAUGUCUUCCUACCGAGCGAUGCUCUGUGUGGUCGCGGCCCUCGUGCUUUCAUGCACCUCUACAUCGGCUUUCGUCGCUCCUACCGCGGCGCGGGCAGCAACAGCAGUGAACCAAAGGUCCUCGGCUGUGUCCCGAUCAGCGGUGAACUCCAGGCAAACACAGCGGAGAACCAGCGCCCUGUGCAUGGAAGGCCAAGCAGCUUACCUGGACGACCCUAUGCUGGUGCCCCUUGAGGACGACGACUACGUGGCCUUCGGCCUCGCCUGCUGCUUCGUCAUGAACGACAACCUCAAGCUCGACGAGUACUACGUUUACGAGCCGCUCACCGCGGCUACCCUGGAGACCAUCGCGAGCUCGCAGAGCCUGGAGACGUCGUACAAGCGUGUGACGGCCUUCCACGCGAAGGAUAUCUUCGAGGGACCCCCGGCCAGGCCCACGGGCAUCCAGGUCGACAAGCUCAAGAUCCUCGAUGGGGACGUCACAGCACAUAUCUGCGAGAACCCGGUGGAGAGGACCCUCGCGGCGGCACGCACGUACAAGAGGCGGGUUGAGGCGCAGAUGUGCGGCUACGGCGACCUGCUCGAGGGCUUCAACUUCAGCACCGAGCGCAAGCGGAUCCUCAACCACAAGUUCGAGCCCAGCUUCGACGACAACGUCAAGCAGGACAAGAGCAUUGACGUCUACGGGCGCGAAGAAGAGGAAGCCAAGCAGAUCGCGGACCUGGAGAACAUGUAAAGGGGAUAGCCGGAGAAUCCACCUUUGCAAAUCUUGGGGGAAAAUUUUGGUGCUGGAAUCGGAGAAUAUUAGUAUUUCCCCGAGGGGGCCAAGUGUUUCUUCAGCGAAACCCGUGUUUCGGUUGUGAAGUACCACGUUAGACCGUAGACUUUUUGUUUCCCAACACUGCACAACGUCCCGGACGGGGGGGGGGGGGGGGGGU